AUGAGUCUACAUUAUCCUCUUCUCAAUGACAUUUCAACUGUGGCUGUUUUUGAGCUGAACCUCAAACGUAUCAAAGAUCGACUGCUUAGGAGGGCCCGAAAUCUCAGGCUCAAUGAGGUACAGAUAUGUGUCUUUGCUUCCCAAUAUUGGCGGGACUAUCCGAAGGCCAGAUGGAACGGACGCCAGGUCCGCAACGCUUGUCAAACGGCCCUAGCGUUGGCGGAGUUCGAAGCCCAAGGGGGAAACCACCAGGCGGUGUUAGAUCCAGGCGCUGUCAUCGAUCUAGAGGUCAAGCACUUCCAAACCGUGUCCGAUGCUUACCUCGGCUUCAUGGAAUACCUGAAGGAUAUAUACGGUGCCGAUGCAGACGAGCGAGCUUAUGAGCAAUCCCUACGCGCGAAGACCAAAGACCCCACUGCGCCGAAAAUGAACCCUCUCUCGACGAGGGAGACGCCGUCUGUACCGAGUGGGAAUACACCAGCGAAUUUUCAAGGACCAACUCAGAUGUUCCAGAAGCCAAGCGGAAAAGGAAUGGGUGGCGUGCCGUCUUUCAACCCAGCUUACUACGGUCAACCGAUGGGACCGGGGUACCAACCCAAUCAUGGCUUUGCGCCCUCUCAACCCAUGGGUAGCACGCCGCAAAUGAUCCCGCCGGGCCAAGGCCAAGUCUGGCAGAACAUGAGCUCGCGCGCCGCAUACCAUGCGAUCCCCGGGAGUCAGCAUCCAAACAUGCCAAAUCCGAAUCUAAUGGCGCCGCAGGGGCAAGGUUGGCAGCAGAUGGGGCAAGGACCUGCAGGCCAGCAAUACCCGGGCCACAUGAACGAGUUUGGUGUACAGUCACACCCCGGUCACAGUCAGCCGAGCACGGCGCAUCACGAGCAAGAUCCAAGGAAUGUUUCCCAGCAAGACGGUGCCCCGAAACUUUGGCGAUCCAAGGGCCAGGACCGGGCUAGGGGGGCAUGUCUACCUCGACCACCGGCCGGAACCCAACUUCUUGAGCGGGUGGAUGGCGAGGAUGAAAGGACGCAGCCGCGCCUCGAGCACCAUGCAUGUGUAGAUAAAGCCAGCGGUCGAGGAUGCGGGCGAAAUCCAGAGUCCAUGAUAAGAGGGUAG